UUCAGGUCCUCGAGAGGCAGCCCCGGCCGGGAUGGUCCCGGGCCGGGCGGUGGCCGGGCUCCUACUGCUGGCGGCCGCGGGCGUCGGAGGCACGGCGGUGGGGCCCGGGCUCGCCUUUAGCGAGGAUGUGCUGAGCGUGUUCGGCGCGAAUCGGAGCCUGUCGGCGGCGCAGCUCGCGCGCCUGCUGGAGCAGCUGGGAGCCGCCCCCCAGAAGGGUGUCGCCGAGCCCGUCCCGCUGCACUUCAACCAGUGUCUAUCAGCUGAAGAGAUCUUUUCCCUUCAUGGCUUUUCAAAUGCUACUCAGAUAAGUAGCUCUAACUUCUCUGUCAUCUGUCCAGCAGUCUUACAGCAAUUGAACUUUCAUCCUUGUGAGGAUCGGCCCAAACACAAAACCAAACCAAAUAUUUCAGAAGUUUGGGGAUAUGGAUUCCUGUCAGUGACAAUUAUUAAUCUGGCAUCUCUCCUCGGAUUGAUUUUGACUCCACUGCUAAAGAAAUCUUACUUCCCUAAGGUUUUGACCUUUUUCGUGGGUCUGGCUAUUGGGACUCUAUUUUCAAAUGCCAUUUUCCAGCUUAUUCCAGAGGCAUUUGGAUUCAAUCCCAAAAGUGACAACUAUGUUGAGAAGGCAGUUGCUGUGUUUGGUGGAUUUUACUUGCUUUUCUUUUUUGAAAGAGUGCUUAAGAUGUUAUUAAAGACAUAUGGUCAGAAUGAUCACACUCACUUUAGAAAUGAUGACUUUGGUCCUUCUCAUGAGAAAACUCAUCAACCUAAAACAUUACCUGCCAUCAAUGGUGUGACGUGUUAUGCAAAUCCAGCUGUCACAGAGCCUAAUGGACAUAUCCAUUUUGAUAACGUCAGCGUGGUAUCUCUACAGGAUGGCAAAACGGAGUCAACUUCAUGUACCUGUUUGAAGGGACCCAAACUGUCAAAAAUAGGGACCAUUGCCUGGAUGAUAACACUCAGUGACGCCCUCCACAAUUUCAUUGACGGUCUGGCGAUUGGGGCUUCCUGCACCGUGUCUCUUCUUCAGGGACUCAGUACUUCUAUAGCGAUUCUGUGUGAAGAGUUUCCUCAUGAGUUAGGGGACUUUGUGAUCCUACUCAGCGCAGGAAUGAGCACUCGGCAAGCCUUGUUAUUCAAUUUCCUUUCGGCGUGUUCCUGCUAUGUUGGGCUAGCUUUUGGCAUUUUGGUGGGCAACAAUUUUGCUCCAAAUAUUAUAUUUGCCCUUGCUGGAGGCAUGUUCCUCUAUAUUUCUCUGGCGGAUAUGUUUCCAGAGAUGAACGAUAUGCUGAGAGAAAAGAUAACUGGAAGAAAAACCGAUUUUACUUACUUCAUGAUUCAGAAUGCUGGAAUGUUAACUGGAUUCACAGCCAUUCUGCUCAUUACUUUGUAUGCAGGAGAAAUCGAAUUGGAGUAAUGGGAAAUGAAAGAUGGUGUUGUUAAUGAAGGCAUUUAAUAAAUAAAAACAUCUCCAAAGGGAUUUUUAAGCUGA